GAUGCAUAGGCCACCCCAUUGGCCAGGUGAAGCUAAGAAGAGCCGGAACCCGGGAGCGAGAGAAGCGAAAUGACAUUUCCUCUUUAAAUAGCUGGAGCCGGGCCCCGUAGAGAAAUGGCCGCGUCGGCAGAUUUAAGUAAGUCUUCCCCAACACCGAAUGGGAUUCCAUCUUCAGACACAGCCAAUGAUGCCAUGGACCCCUUCCAUGCGUGCAGUAUUCUUAAGCAACUCAAAACAAUGUACGAUGAAGGACAGUUGACAGACAUUGUAGUGGAAGUGGAUCACGGGAAAACAUUUUCCUGUCAUAGAAACGUUCUUGCUGCAAUCAGCCCUUACUUCAGAUCCAUGUUCACUAGCGGCCUUACAGAAAGUACUCAAAAAGAAGUUCGAAUAGUUGGUGUUGAAGCUGAAUCCAUGGAUUUAGUGUUGAACUAUGCCUACACCUCCAGAGUUGUUCUGACAGAGGCCAAUGUUCAAGCCUUGUUCACUGCAGCUAGUAUCUUCCAGAUUCCUUCCAUCCAAGACCAAUGUGCUAAGUAUAUGAUCAGUCAUUUGGACCCGCAGAAUUCUAUUGGGGUCUUCAUCUUUGCUGAUCAUUAUGGUCAUCAGGAACUCGGAGAUCGAUCAAAAGAAUACAUUCGUAAGAAGUUUCUGUGUGUCACCAAAGAACAAGAGUUUCUCCAGCUGACGAAAGACCAACUGAUAAGUAUAUUAGACAGUGAUGAUUUAAACGUAGACCGAGAAGAGCAUGUUUAUGAAAGCAUCGUAAGGUGGUUUGAACAUGAACAGGAUGAAAGAGAAGGGCACCUUCCAGAAAUUUUUGCCAAAUGCAUACGUUUUCCUCUGAUGGAGGAUGCCUUUAUAGAGAAAAUUCCACCUCAGUUUGCACAGGCUAUAGCCAAAAGCUAUGUAGAAAAGGGCCCAUCCAGUACCAAUGGCUGCACACAGAGACUUGGAAUGACUGCCUCCGAAAUGAUCAUAUGUUUUGAUGCUGCCCACAAACACUCAGGAAAGAAGCAAACAGUGCCUUGUCUAGAUACAGUCACAGGAAGAGUGUUUAAACUAUGCAAACCACCAAAUGAUCUAAGAGAAGUGGGGAUUCUCGUCUCACCAGACAAUGACAUUUACAUUGCAGGAGGGUACAGGCCGAGCAGCAGCGAGGUCUCCAUCGACCAUAAGGCAGAAAAUGAUUUCUGGAUGUAUGACCAUUCCACCAACAGGUGGCUCUCCAAGCCCCCCCUGCUGCGAGCGAGAAUAGGCUGCAAACUGGUGUAUUGCUGUGGUAAGAUGUAUGCGAUUGGAGGUCGUGUUUACGAAGGUGAUGGGAGAAACUCACUAAAAUCCGUGGAGUGCUACGAUAGCAGAGAGAAUUGUUGGACCAGCGUUUGUGCGAUGCCUGUUGCCAUGGAGUUUCAUAAUGCUGUGGAGUACAAAGAGAAGAUCUAUGUCUUACAGGGAGAAUUUUUCCUCUUCUAUGAGCCUCAAAAAGACUACUGGGGUUUUUUAACCCCCAUGACUGUGCCUAGAAUCCAGGGCUUAGCAGCUGUAUACAAGGACUCUAUCUACUACAUAGCUGGAACCUGUGGAAAUCAUCAACGUAUGUUCACUGUAGAAGCCUAUGAUAUUGAGCUCAAUAAAUGGACUCGGAAGAAGGACUUUCCAUGUGAUGAGUCCAUAAAUCCGUACCUUAAACUGGUACUUUUCCAGAAUAAACUCCACUUAUUUGUUCGAGCUACCCAAGUGACCGUUGAAGAACAUGUCUUCAGAACCAGCAGGAAAAAUUCCCUUUACCAAUAUGACGACGUCACUGACCAGUGGAUGAAAGUGUACGAGACCCCAGAUCGGCUCUGGGACCUUGGCCGGCAUUUUGAAUGUGCUGUUGCUAAACUCUAUCCUCAGUGUCUUCAGAAAGUACUUUAAUGAGUAGCAGGCCUUAGUGAGCUCACUGGCAUCUUGGGCUUGGGGAAACAAUGAUACAAGAAGUGCUGUCAGUAUUUAAGAAGCUGAGAGAGUUUAUAUAUGGCAAUGGGUGCUCUUAAAGAUUAUGGUGUAGGAGGGAUUUCUUUUCAUCCUUGUGAUGUUUUCAUUUCAUUAAGCAAAAGGUAACAAAGUGCAAUUAUCAGCAUUUUUUUUUUUUUCUGGUAUAAAAGUAAUCCUUUUCAUUCUAGAAUUUUGUGAUAAUUCGUCACUGAGAUACCAGAUGAAUCAACAACUAUGCACUCUUUUAAGAGCAGUUAGGGUAUUAUUGGUCAGAGACAUCCAAACUAGUUUGAUGUGACUUUUUAUUUUAAAUACGGGUAAAAAUUUGAGGCAAUAUCACUAGGACUUUAGCUGUGACCUCUCCAACACAGAGAAGCACUAACUUAGACCCUCAUUCUUAGUAUGUGUAUAUAUAUAUAUAUAUAUAUAUAUAUAUAUAUAUAUAUGUAUAUACAUACACACACACACAUUUGUGUACUGUUUUCAAGUGUACUGAGAUUUAAAUAUGUUAUUAGAGUAGGCUGAAGGAAAACAAAUACGUCUUAGAGCUUUUCGUCUGAUUGUUUCCUAUUUCCCACGGAAGUUUAAGUUAAGCUAAGUUUUUAGUCGUUUUUUCGUUGAUAACUUUUUCGUGUGCUCACACUGUCUCAUUAUUUACAAAUCCCGAAAAGGGCUUAAAUUCACAGGUGGCUGGUGCUGGUGUAAGUGAAUUCAUGUGUAUACCUAGAUAGGUUUAAAUUGUCUGAGCCUAUGCUUACCUUUCAAAUUGGCCUGUUAGUUUUGUGGCAUCGUACUUUACCUGUUGAACUCUUGUGGUUUCACAGGAUUCUCUGCCUACAUGACAGCAAGAUGUCUAACUGGACUCAGAAUAGUGAGAACAUUACUCUCAGUUUGCACUAACACGGGCCAUUUUGUUGCCCGACCUCCUUUUCCAUCCUCCACCUGUCCCUUCAUUAUCGGUACAGUGAAAGUUAACUUAUUUCUCUUCUGCACAGAGCAUAAUGUGAAGUUUUACACCUGCUUUUACAUUUUUGUUUUCCAGAAACAUGGAACUCCUUCGGUGGUCUAAUUUAAUGGCUUUUAAGUUACAUAUGACCAUUAAAACCUCACUUUUUUUUUUUUUCAUUUUUGCACUUAAUAGUAAUGUAUAUUUUUACAUUGCAAACCUUGUUCUAGCUGAAGGUGACUGAGAAGGAAAAGGGUGAGUGAGUAGAACCAUAGCAUUAUAGGUACUAAAUCUCUUUUCAUAUUGAACGGAUGGAUUUCUAACAGUCAGUUAGUUAUUAACAUAAAGGACAAACCAACUCAUUGGUCAUACCUAAGGUGGAUAUUUGGAUCAGUGACUUGUUUUUUACUAUGCCUGGAAAUAAUUGAUAAAAAGUAGAUGGAUAGCCCGGAGUCUGUCCUCAAGUGGGAUAUUUUGAUUCUCUUAAGGAAAACAAACUGGCAUGGUUUGUAUUAGAAACUCUUGCACAAAUUGUCAUGUGAUACUGUGAAACAAAUUUGAAACAUUGCCUCUUUGCCUCACAUACCUCGUUUUUCAGAAACUUUCCAAACGGCUUGUCCUUGACCUCUGCAAGUAAGGAACGUUUUCUGAAGCAGAAUUUAAAGUGGACAGCAUUUAUAGAAUUAACAUUUUAAAAUCAAGUCUUGGGGAAGUUGGAUAUGUGGUUUCUUACUGGCCUUGAUAGUAUGUCUAUAAUCUCUUUAUAAACUUUGUCAACCACUUGUUUUUUUUCUCUCUCUAGUUUUUCUUCUGUUUUCCUUUAUCUACAUGCUGUUUGGGGGCUUUUGCUGUGAGUGUUUUGAAGCAUCUUUACAGUGUUGCAUCGCAGACGGGAGGACAAAACAAAAAUCCCUAACUUUUGCAAGAGAUGUUCAUGUAAUUUAUUUUUGGAAGCUUUGUUGAAUACCUUAAGAUUUCCUGCCGCUUCUUGACAAUCUUCUGUAUUUAUUUAGAACAAUGUGUUACUUGAAAACAUGACAUAGAACAGUGAGUUAGCAAUUUACACGUGCUGUGUGACAUAUAGGGGUACAAUAUACUGUGGUCAAUUCUGCAGUAGGUUUAUUCCGUUCAUCUGCACAACAGUCGAUCCUUUGCUAUAACAAUUUAUAUCGGGGGUGUGAUCUAAGUAUAGUGUGUCAAAGCCAAGGCUUAGAAUUUGCUACAGGAGUAGAAUAUAUAUUGAAUUUUGUACGAAGAACUAUUUGUUUAAAUUAUAUAACUGGGAUAUUUUGCCACUUUUAAAAUGAUUUCAGAAGAGGUCCUAGAAAACUAAGAUUAGUAAUUUGUGUGGGUAUGUGUUUAGAUAUUUAAGGUACAUUUGCAUAGGAUGAUGAGAAUAAAAGUAAAAGGCACAAUGGGGACUACAGAAUUAAAAUCUAGGCUAACAUAUGCCAGUCCCACUUGAACUUCGUUUUUGCAUUUGAAGAAUGUAUGUAGCACUUUCCUCUGUAUUUUUUACACAUUGGAAACUGGACUUGGUGUAACUGUGUUAUAGGAAAGUAGGAACCGUAUUCUUUAUUUUCCAUCUUUGUUUUCUGUUAUCCUGCAAAGAUGAUGCUUAAGCAUCAGGCUGAUUUCAUGGGUGCAUGAAGAAAAGAGGGUGUGCUCUGCAAGGAAUCAGAUUCCCGACGUGAAGCAGUUUAAAAUGGCAUUCAAUGUUCAGUGCUCAGGUAUGUAGUUAAGUACUGUAGUCCUUUGGGGGCAAAUGUGUAGAUAUUUUUAAACAUUUUGCCAUAAUUGCACAAUUUUUUGCAUUUUUACCUGAUGGCAUUGUUUCUUAUAAUAAAACCUUUUCUGAUUAAAAACUA